AUGGCCUCCAACGAAGACGCCACCAGCAACGGAGCCAGCCUGGAGCAUGACCGGCUGGCGGGGACCAGCCGGGCCACCAAGGCAGUGCAUGGCGGCGAGCGGGCAGGCAGACCGCGGGUGUCCGACUCGCUGACCACGCCCAUAGUUCAGACGGCGACGUACACGUUCCAGGACACGGCGGAGUUGAUAGCGUACCAGGAGGGGCGGUACGGCAGCUACGAGUACGGGCGGUACGGCAACCCCACCACCCGCGCCUGCGAGGAGAAGAUCCGCGAGCUGGAGGGCGCAGAGGACUGCCUGGUCUCCUCCUCGGGAAUGAACGCAGCCACCACGAUGCUGCUGGCGCUGGUGCCUGCGGGCGGGCACAUCGUGACCACCACCGACUGCUACCGCCGCACGCGCCAGUUCAUCCAGACGGUGCUGCCCAAGAUGGGCAUCUCCGCCACAGUCAUCGACCCCGCUGACCUGGCGGCGCUGGAGGCGGCGCUGGAGCAGCACGACGUGUCUCUGUUCUUCAGCGAGAGCCCCACCAACCCUUACAUGCGCUGCGUGGACAUCCCCCGCAUCAAGCAGCUGUGCGGGGCCAAGGGCGCGGUGGUGGUGGUGGACUCCACCUUUGCCACCCCCAUCAACCAGCAGGCGCUGGCGCUGGGCGCAGACCUGGUCAUCCACUCGGCCACCAAGUACCUGGCGGGGCACAACGACGUGCUGGCGGGGGCCAUCGCGGGCAAGUCUGAGCUGGUGGCCGCCGUGCGCGCGAUGCACAACGUGCUGGGCGGCACCAUCGACCCGCACGCCUCCUACCUGCUGCUGCGCGGCAUGAAGACGCUGGACCUGCGCGUGCAGCGCCAGAACGCCACCGCCACCGACAUUGCGGCGCGGCUGGAGGCGCACCCGCUGGUCACGCGCGUGCACUACCCGGGCCUGGCCUCCCACCCCGACCACGCCAUUGCCGCCGCGCAGAUGAGCGGGUACGGCGGCGUGGUGUCGUUUGAGGUGGACGGCGACCUGUGGCGCACCGCCCGGUUUGUCGACUCUGUGCAGCUGCCCUACAUCGCGCCCUCCCUGGGCGGCGUGGAGUCGCUGAUCGAGCAGCCCACGGUCAUCAGCUACUGGGACCAGGGCGCCGAGAAGCGUGCCCAGGUGGGCAUCAAGGACAACCUCAUCCGCUUCUCCUGCGGCAUCGAGUCGGCGGACGACAUCUGGGCAGACUUUGAGCAGGCGUUUGCCAAGAUAUGA